CCUUGACGUGAGCCCCCUUCUGUUGACUCGGGAAGGUGACUCCUCGGCCUGAUUCUGGUUUAUUUGUCAUUCUAAACCGCACAUGCUGUAAAAUAGCUAUUAUUUACAGUCAUGUCUUCUUUCGGGAGGAUGUUGGGCGUCCUCCGGGGUGGGACUCGGCUUAUUAGACGUGGUCCACAAAGGAUAAUGACGAGAAAGGCAGGCGGUGGGCCUCACAUCGAGCCGCAGUAUAGGCAAUAUCCUCAACUCACCAGGAACCAGAAGUUCCAGUCGGAGUUGAUCAGCGGUGCCAUGUGGUUCUGGAUCCUCUGGCACUUGUGGCACGACCCGGAUGCGGUCCUGGGUCAUUUUCCUUGGCCUGAUGCUUCAGAGUGGACAGAUGAGGAGCUUGGAAUUCCAGCGGACGACGAAGAAUAAUUUCAUCCAUUGUGACACCACCUCACAACUGUUCCCCGCAAGUUGUCAUUGUACAUACAAUAAAUCUUCUAACAUUC